AGUACUACAACAAAAAGAUUUUGACCAGUCUUCUCAAUCACACACCCACAUGAAAAACAUAAAAGAAAAUAAAUCAAACUAUCCCCAAAACUUAAACACACACUACACCUAUCCCCACCUCAAGACAAUCCCUUUCUUCUCCCCUUUCUCCAACACCUACCAAAAGCCUCUCUCUCUCUACACUAAUCUCUCUCUACACUAAUCUCUCUCUAGUUCUUGAUUUUUUCAAGAUUAUUUCAAGAAAAAAAAAAACAUGGCUGACCAAAGUGGUGGGUUGGUUAUGAUGAGAGAGUACAGAAAAGGUAAUUGGACUCUAAACGAGACCAUGGUCCUCAUUGAAGCCAAGAAGAUGGAUGACGAGAGGCGGAUGCGACGGUCCAUUGGCCUUCCACCGCCGGAGCAGCAACAAGACAGCCGUAGUAGUAAUAAACCAGCUGAGCUACGGUGGAAGUGGAUAGAAGACUACUGUUGGAGAAAAGGCUGUAUGAGGAGUCAGAAUCAGUGCAAUGACAAAUGGGAUAAUCUCAUGAGAGACUACAAAAAGGUUAGAGAGUACGAGAGACGAAGGGUAGAAUCGUCUUUUACCGCCGCUGAGUCGUCUUCAUCUUCAGCUGCUGCUGCCGCCGCCUCUGCUGGGGAUACGCCGUCGUACUGGAAGAUGGAGAAAAGUGAGAGGAAAGAGAGAAACUUGCCGAGUAAUAUGUUGCCUCAGACAUACCAAGCUUUGUUCGAAGUGGUUGAGAACAAAACGCUGCCUUCUUCCACCGCAGCAACCGCCGUGACCGCUGCUGUUGCUGCCGCUAUUGGAAGUGGAAACGGUUCGGGCGGUGGACAGUUACAAAAAGUGUUACAACAACAAGGUUUAGGAUUUGUUGUUCCAAAAGUACAUCAAAUCAUUCAUCAGCCUCCUCCUCCUCCUGCUGCUGUUAUAGUAUCCCUUCCUCCGCCACCGUCUCAACCACCGCCGCUGCAGCCGUUACCACGACCACUACUUCUGCCACCGCCUCCACCGCCUUCUUUUCAUGCUCAGCCAAUACUGCCCACAAAGGAUAGUAGUAGCUCAGAUUCUGAUACAAGUGAGUAUUCAGACACAUCUCCGGCGAAGAGAAGGAGAACAAUGCCGACCACAACCGCCGGUCCUAGUGGUGGCGGUGUAGAAGCGGAGGAGGCUAGACGCAGUAAGAGAGAUGAAGAAGAGACGACAGUGGCAGCUGCGUUAUCAAGAAGUGUGACUGUGAUUGCAAACGCGAUUAGGGAGAGUGAGGAGAGACAAGAUCGGAGACAUAAGGAAGUGAUGAGUGUACAAGAGAGGAGACUAAAGAUGGAAGAAUCUAGUGUUGAGAUGAACAGAGAAGGCAUGGAUGGAUUAGUGGAAGCCAUUAAUAAGCUAGCGAGCUCCAUUUUUGCCUUAGCUUCUUCUUCAUCAUCUUCAUCUGCUCGCCAUAAUAAUCAACAUCAAGGAGGUCCACCAUAAUAUAUAACUUGAAUAAUUGUUAUGUAGUUAAUUUGAUUAGGGAAGUGAUUAAAUCGUGGAGAGUGAUGACCGGAGUACAUAAAUUGAUAUUUGAAGUCUUAAUAUUGUUUUUUCACUAUCAAAUGUUUUUUAAGUAAGUGAAAUUUGUUGAUU